AUGUCCAACCUAGUGAGACAUCGCCACCGUCUCAAGAAGAGCGGGCUCAAUUGGCUGGAUUUCUACGACCCGAUUUCCGACAGCCACGCUUCCAAACAACUCAUUUGGACGUUCUGGAACUACGGACUGAUCGAGAAGAGGAAUCCAAGGGAGAUUGUCAACACGAUUGCCCGUUUGUAUCUUCAGAGGUAUCCACGACGAUUCCGAGACACUAACGAGAUAUCAACAAAAGUCUACGAAGUCAUUGUAGCGUGUAUCAAGAGAAUGGAACGAAAGCCGCCGGGAUUCCCACACACUCUGCCGGCCUUCUGCACAGUUGCACUGCUCAAAAGAAUCGUCCAAAAACACAGACGGAAAGGCGGAGUUUACCCUUUUGAGUAUCUGAACUGGACAAAGGAGCUGAGGGAGGUUUUAGACUGCUUAGAUGCCAUGGAAAUUGAGGUUGUGAAGCCAGUCUUCGCUUUGAACGAGUACUAUCAGGAUACUGCUCUGGAACUUCUGGCUGAACGGUACCCUCACCGCUCUAAACAGGAAUGGGGUUGGCUGGGAAGAAAAUGGUGGAGUCAGGCUGUUCGUCGAUAUGGACAGAUACCUCUACCCGCGGUGGAGAACCAGCUUGUGGAGGAGUACAUGGAACAUUUUAAACAGGGAUAUCCUGAGGCCUAUCGGAAGAAGCCCCUGUAUACUCCUGUUCAUGACAGAAUACUUGCUGCGGCUUAUAUGGCUCAAAACAGGUACAGACCAGGUUCUGGGGAGGCACGUGUACGAAGACUGAUUCAUGUGAGGUUCCCUCAUAGAAGCGAAGAAAGCUGGCAGUUGUUGAUGGACACUGCCAUCUCGUCUUUUCUGUUGGACUUUCCCUUUGCUCAAUGUUAUGAUGAUGCUAUUUGGAUCUCUUAUUAUCGUUAUUUGGGCAAUGUUAGUAUCGAAGCUGUGGACAGGAGGGUGCAAGAGAGGUUGGGGGAGGAAGAACAGAGUGAGGGAUAG